AUGUCGAGAGUUUUCAAACUGAAAAGUUCUGACAAUGAAACAUUCGAGGUUGAAGAAGCUGCAGCACUACUCUCUGAAACCAUCAAGAGCUCAUCGUCCACCGAGAUUACAGUGCCAAACGUGAAGGCGGAAAUCUUAGGCAAGGUGGUGGAGUGGUGCAACAAGCAUGCAGAGAGUGAAGACACCAAAGAUCAACUCAUCAAAGAGUGGGACGCUGAGUUCGUUAGUGUUGACCAACAUGUUCUGUUCAAGCUCAUAACGGCUGCAGACUAUCUACAGAUUAAGGAAUUGGUGGAUCAAUUAACUCAAAGAGUUGGGGACAUGAUUAAGGCAAAGACAUUGAAGACGGUAGAAAUGACUUACCCAACGUUUAACGUCGAGAGAGAAGUGCAAGAGGAAUUAAAAUCAUUGGGCUUCUGA